GUGGCCUCAGCAGCGGAGUGCGCUUCGAAGGCUGUCGUUCCGUUACUACUCGGCGGCCACCUCAGAGUUAUGCAGGACGGGUUCCAUGUCUAACAAGCAUGUUCUCACCAGUACAUGCAAAGGAAUUCAGAAGAAAGCCACGGUAGUGUCUUCUUCCCGCGGUUUACGCUUUAGGUGAGCCUAGUGCACCAUUAUGGCUCACAAGAAGCCGGGCCAGCAGGAAAUGGUUCAGGUCGGUUCGUGACGCCCUAGCCCUUUAUGUCUUAUGGCUGUCCCUUCGAUCCCUCAUGCUAAUCGAAAUGCCUCUGCAGAUAGGUCAGAGCGGUCGCCCUCGCCCUUCUGGCGGAGUCGAUCAUCCUCACGUCAGGCUUCAGGAAAGUCGAACAAGGUGAUUGGCGCGUCAUAUUCGCACGCCGAUAUGCUCAAGUUCGAUUCAUUGUACGCCGCCGGACACGGUAUCCCAUGGUGGUAGGGCGGGGCUAACGACGCUCUCUUAGAUCGCUGGGCACGAGUUCAAGACCCAGAACACCACCUACGUCUUCAUCACGACCAUGGCAGGCACCUGGUGCCGACCACCGAAGUUUCCAGUCACCAGAACGAAAGCCAUAUACCGGUUAUACCUCGUCAGUAUUGGGCGAGAGUUGGGAUGUUGUCGGCGACGAAGACAUGGAGGGAGACGAUGAAGAUGACCUGGUUUACGAGGACGAUGAAGACGAGUUUGGUCUGCCCAGCAUAGCUAGCAUGCGCCGCAAGAGAAGCAUGAAGAGCAGGACGCACAAAGCACAACAGGUAACCUACCCGAGUGUUGCGCAAACGACGUCGAGACCCGCACUCGCACCGUCUCCCAUGCCACAGGUGCAUAGAUCGAACAGCUUUGAUAUAGCCGAAGAGCGAAAUCCUCUUUCCUAUCCCAGCGCGAAGAAAGGAGACGGCAAGAUCUUAAGGCCGCAGUACAAGGACAUCUUACGGGAUCCUGCCAAUACUCUCCAUCUAAUCAACCAUCCAGUUCUACCGAGUAAUGCUACACCCAAAGAAGCGGAAGCCUACAGCACGCGAAUAUCACGUAUCAACAAAUUCAAACGAAUCUUACAAUCCAGCUCAGUAUCGUUGCAGGACUUACGAGCUGCAGCAUGGUCGGGUGUGCCUGAAGAAUUACGCGCGAUAACGUGGCAGCUUCUACUAGGGCAUCUGCCAACCAACAGCGAAAGACGAGUGACGACACUCGAGCGCAAGCGAAAGGAAUACCUGGAUGCAGUGCGACAGGCCUUCAACUCUGGUACUAUGGCCAACCGCAAUGGAUCAAGUGCAGGUUUGACAGGGCUCGCUUCGCAACCCCCUGUCACCGCCGGUAGGGGUCGAGGCCUGGACGAAGCAGUUUGGCAUCAAAUCAGCAUCGAUGUUCCGAGAACCAAUCCGCACAUACCUCUCUAUCAAUAUGAAGCCACACAAAGGUCGCUCGAACGUAUUCUGUACGUCUGGGCAAUUCGACAUCCUGCCAGCGGUUAUGUACAGGGCAUUAAUGACCUGGCUACUCCCUUCUGGCAGGUCUUUCUCGGGACAUAUAUCACAGAUUUGGAUAUCGAAAGCGGCAUGGACCCGGGACAACUGCCACGCCCUGUAUUAGAUGCAGUCGAAGCGGACACAUUCUGGUGCCUGACAAAGCUGCUAGAUGGUAUACAAGACAACUAUAUUGUGGCCCAGCCCGGCAUCCACCGACAAGUUGCUGCGCUAAGGGAUCUCACAACAAGAAUUGACUCUGGCUUAGCAAAGCACUUUGAGAACGAGCACGUGGAAUACAUGCAAUUCAGUUUUCGAUGGAUGAAUUGUCUGUUGAUGCGGGAAUUGAGCAUCAAAAAUGUGAUUCGGAUGUGGGACACAUAUAUGGCCGAGGAAACCGGCUUUUCACAAUUCCAUCUCUACGUGUGCGCGGCCUUCUUGGUCAAGUGGUCGGAGCAGCUGAUGAAGAUGAAUUUUCAAGAGAUAUUGAUGUUUCUCCAAGCACUUCCUACACGGGAAUGGACGGAAAAGGACAUUGAGCUUUUGCUAAGUGAAGCUUUCAUCUGGCAGAGCCUCUUCCGUGGGUCGAGGGCACACUUACGGACCUCGAAUAGCACGAUACCGAUGGGCUUGUUAGGUCCAUCUGGCUAAUAAUGAAUCAUCUGAAGCAGACAGUAUUCAGCAAGACACCUGUGGGUAGUAAUGUGCAUAAGCCAUGAAGUUUACCUGGUAUCUGCUCCUCGCGUGCUCCUCGUC